CGCCAUCUCGAACUUGGUGCUCGCUCCUCGCUCCUCGCUCCUUGGGGGUACGUGUAGCAUGGACCCUGUGCUAUGACACGCGAACCUACCCACUAACUAUGGCGCGAAGCUACCCCUUAACGUGGGUUAGCUGACGGUGCGUGACGCGCCUCUCCUCCGCUGUGUCGGAGGUUGGCACCCGCUGCCUGGUGCAGCGGGGCUGGAAGCGGGCACUACCCUGUUCGCCCGAAUAGAACGCUCGGUGAUUACUCUUCGCUGCAUCUGGACUGGAAGUCGUGGGUGUCGGGGAGCUACGAGCUACUACCGGUAGCUCCCCGACACGGUAGCACGUUGCUGCUGGCGAACACGGUCGCUCUCUCUCUCCGUCUCUCUGUCUCUCUGUGUGUCUGUCUCUCUCUCUCUGACCCUUUCAUGCAGCAAGUCGUGCGCGUUGGGGAGGUCGACUACCGGUAGCACACUGCUGUGCUUCGGCUUGCAGCCGCCAAAGCGCGCCAAACGCACCGGGGGCACACCGGUGCGUCCGACGUGGCCGGGCAUUUGUUCCUGACCGCUCCUCUCUCACCGCCCGCCACGUCAGCGCCACGGUCCGACGUCGCAGCGUGCCAAGUCCCGCCGUGGCCCCGUCACAACACCCGACACGUCAGCGCGACGUCACGAGCUCCUGGGAACUCGCCGCCAACGGCGCGCUCUGUUGCCUCUUUUAUCGCGACUGAGCGUUCGACACGUCAGCGCCACGUCAGCGCCAGUCAGAAGAUUUUGUCUGGAGGUUGACGUGGCUGCUUAGAGAAAAGCCAAAAUGGCCGCCGCCGUUAUGAUGCAACCCGUCCCGCACGCUCAUCAGCACGUGCACGUGUCACCACAGGGCCUCUCCGCGGCCCAGGUGCGUCGCCGAGAUUUCCGAGCCGAUCAGCUACCGGUAGGUCCGCCCGGAGCGAAGUGUCGUCGUAUUGCCGCUGCUGCUGGUUCUCCAGACGGACACGUGUCAGGUGGUGGUGGUAAUUCUGGAGCGGCCAUCUCCGCGCGAGACAUGGCACCACCUCGAGGGGGAGGGGUGACAAAUGAGGAGGAGGGAGGGGCCAGAGAGCUGGCAAGCAGGGUGAAGACGGCGAUGACAAGGGGUGUGGGGUUGUCGAGGAGCAGGAGGAGGAGGAGGGCUAUGGCGUCCGUCAAAGUCAAUGCGAAGAAGAAGUCCAACCUUCCAGGAAAGGACGACUGGCAGAUGUUUCCCGACGACUACUACGACGAAGAGCUGGACUACGGAGAGGUGCUGUCGACUGGCAAACAGACGGGCACGGAGCCUCGACCUCCCAACGAUCCCGACAGCGGCAUGGGGUUCUUGGACUUCCCCGCUUACCACCUGCCAGAGAUUGCCUCUCUGGGCUUGAAGAUAAGGAACGAUAUCAGGAAGCUGUGCUGCUUUGUGGCCGGGGGCGUGUACGAGAACCUGCUGUUCUUCCCCAUCAUCGAGCUGAUGAAGAAACGCAAUCCGGGUGUGAAGGUGGACGUGAUUGCCUCUCCCCGGGGGAAGCAGACGUACGAGCUGAACAAGAACGUCAGGUUUGCGAGGGCCUUCGACUUCGAAGUGCCGUUCAUCAGCCCCGAUGAUUACGCCGACAUGGCCGGGCUGGUCAAGUCGGAGGUGUACGACAUGAUGAUCUCCACGAAGAAGGCGGGGCCUGGGCAGGCCAUCUUGAUGUUCCUGGGGGAUUGCAGAAACCGCAUUGCGUACGUGCGGUCGGACCCAAAUGGGGUCUACGCGAGCUGGAUGCUGAACACCCCUAUCGAAGUGGAAAGGAACGAGCUGGCGGAUGAUGGGGUUGAGAUGUACAAGGAGCUGGUGGAAGAGCUGGACGACAAUGAUGAGUACGUCCCGAAGCUGCAGGUCUGGGUGCCGGGAUUGGUGCGCAAAGCGGCGCGCGACAAGUACGAGCCGUACGGACUGAAGUCGGGGGAGUUCGUCGUAAUGCACGGGCUCGAAUCCACGUCCAAAGCGACCAUGAAGUCGAGGGGGGAUCCCGACAGCCUCCUGGGUCUGGACAGCUGGAAGAAGAUCAUGCGCGCUAGCAAACACCCCGUCUUGUUCGUCGUCCCCCAUGACCGCGACCUCUCGACAGCCCAAGGGGCCCUCGGGCGCAAUGCGUAUGUGAUCAAGAUAACCACACCGGGGCAGCUUGCAGCAGUCAUUGAUGACUCGAUGGGGGUGGUGACAACCAACACCGCUGCGGUGCAGCUUGCGGGGGCAUUGAAGAAGACCAGUGUGGCAAUGUUCUGCUCGGAGGGGAAGGCGAUGAAGUUCGUGCCGGACGCGCAGGAGAGGCAAUGCCAGAUAGUCGCAUCAAGCACAGGAAAACUCGCAGAUGUUGACAUAGCAGAGGUGAUCACUGCCAUGACGACGAGUUUUGCGUAGUUGGGGUUGGGGGGGGGAGGGGGGAGGGGAGGGGGUCUGAGCAGCUCGCUUUGUUGUGUAAUACGUCUUGCAUGUCGAUUUUUGUUUAAUAUUUUACAUUUGCAAUUUUUGCACUUUCAUUUUCUACUAUAUCAUAUAUAAUACACACACACACACACACACACAGAUGUCACAUAUUUAUCAACUCAUAUCUGUCAACUAAUAUAUACAUAUAUAGUAUAUGGUAUACUUUUUUAUAUAUAUCGUCACAAAUAGAACUGCCCGGUAAACCGUAGGCAGAGAGAGAGAAGAGGACAACAAACGAGUAUAUGUAUAUGUAUAUAGGCAGUGGUUGGUGCCCACCUCCUGAGAGGGGUAUCAGUUGUUGGGCAUAUAGCCGGCCAACCGCAGUUAGUUGCCGAGCUUGAGAGAUAGCGGCAUUCAUUGACUGUGGUUAGGGGCGGGGUUAAGCUGGAUUAUCACGUCACUUAACAGUAUCAUCAUGGGGUUAGGGAACUCGGCAGACUGUAGAGGGGUCAGCCUCUUGAUGAGUCAAAAGGUGAAAACUCCGACGAAACAGUCCGUCUCAACCCCUCUCUGCCUACGGUUCACCGGGCAGUUCUUCAUGAAGAUACGUUUAUAUAUAUAUACAUAGAUAGGUAUAUAUAUAUACAUAUCUAGUAUAUGUAUAUAUAUGUUGUGUGCGUUUAGAGUCUAUAGACAGUAUCGUGUGUGUGGAUGUAUGGAUGCGUGGGUGGGUGGGUGGAUGGGUGUGUUUAGACAGAGAGGCAGGUCUUUGGCGUGUUAUGCUCUCAACAUAAUCCAUGUGCACCUUCUUGCCGAUGCCAAUUUUAACACU